AUGGGGAAACAAAGAAGAGCGGCUAUACUUCCAACCAACAUUAUAUUAUUGCAGAAUGUUGUCAGAAGAGAUCCUGAAUCAUACCAUGAGGAGUUUCUACAACAGUUAUCGCAUUAUGAAUCCUUGAGAGACUUGUACUUGGAGAAUCCCACAGGAGCUGAUUCAAACUCAACCACCGAGUUUAUUGAACUUGUCGGAUUCUUAUCGGCAGUUUGUAACUGCUACCCUAAAGAAACAAAGAAUUUCCCCAAAGAAUUGAAAACUAUCUUGCUUGAUAACCAUCGCGAUUUGGCACCGGAGUUGAGAGAAAAGAUUAUACAAUGUUUAACAAUGUUGAGAAAUAAGGAUAUUAUCACUGCGGAAAGUUUGAUACAGACUAUUUUUCCAUUGUUGACAGCAUACGCAUCUGGCCAGGUCCAAGCUGGCCAACAUGUAAAGCAAAUGAGACGUCAGAUUUAUUCUACAUUGAUUUCACUAUUGAAGUCUGUCAAUACAGGAGCCAAAAACCAACGACUAAACAGAUCUACACAAGCUUUGCUCUUCAAUUUGCUUGAACAAAAGGAUGCUCAAGGUUUAUGGGCCACUAAAUUGACGAGAGAAUUGUGGAGAAGAGGUAUUUGGGAUGAUUCAAGAGCAGUUGAGAUCAUGACACAAGCAGCGUUGCAUCCCGAUGUUAAAGUCGCCAUUGCUGGGGCAAGGUUCUUUCUUGGUGCCGAUAAAGAAAGAGAGGAGAACUUUGAGGACUCAAGCGAUGAAGAAGGGUUUGAUAUGGGUGCAUUAAAGCACAAGAUGGAGGUGAACAAGAAAUCAUCGAAAAGAGGGAAAAAAUUGGAACAGGCGGUGAAACAAAUAAAAAAGAAAAAUAGCACCAAGCAUUCGGCCACCUAUUUAAACUUUUCAGCAAUACAUCUUUUACGUGAUCCUCAAGGUUUUGCUGAGCAAUUGUUUGAUAAUCAUUUGAGUUCAAAAAACUCAAACAAGUUUGACUUGGAUCAAAAGAUUUUGUUUAUGAACUUGGUAUCAAGAUUGAUUGGUACUCACAAGUUGAUUGUGUUGGGUAUCUACUCAUUCUUUUUAAAGUAUCUCACCCCAAAGCAAAGAAACGUGACCCAAAUUAUGGCAGCAUCGGCUCAAGCUUCACAUGAUUUGGUUCCUCCAGAAAAUAUCGAACUAGUGGUGCGUAAAAUUGCCGACGAAUUUGUCAGUGAUGGUGUUGCUGCUGAAGUUGCAUCGGCGGGAAUCAAUACAAUCAGAGAAAUACUAUCCCGUGCUCCUUUGGCAAUUGAAGCUCCAUUGUUGCAAGAUUUGGUCGAGUAUAAGGGAUCGAAAUCAAAAGCGGUGAUGAUGGCUGCAAGAUCAUUGAUUUCAUUGUAUAGAGAAGUGGCACCGGAAAUGUUGGCCAGGAAGGAUAGGGGUAAAGUUGCAAGCAUGGAAUUGCAAAAAGGAGACAAGGGCAAAUCGAAACCACAAUAUGGUGUGGAGAAUAACGUCACGUCUAUUCCAGGAUUGGAGUUAUUGGCCAAAUGGAAACAAGAGCAAGGACAAACAAAUGCUGAUAACGAAGAGGAGGAUGCUAAUUGGGAAGUUGACGAGGAGGAAGAUGGAAGUGAUGUUGAAGGGGAAUGGAUCCUGGUUGAAUCUGAUAAGGAGAUCGAUAUUUCUGAUAGUGAAGAUGAGGCUAGUAAAGGAAAAGAAGAUGAUGUUUCAGAUUUAGAAUUGUCGUCCGACGAGGAGAAAGAAGAAGUAGACGAAGAUUCUACUGAAGGCGGUGAUGAUGAUGAGAGGCCGACCAAGAGGGCCAAACUCGAGGACAGCUCUGCUGGCGCAUCCACAAACAAUGCUUCUGCCAUGAAUGAAAUCCUUUCGAGUCGAAUUCUUACCCCUGCUGAUUUUGCCAAGUUGGAGGAGUUGAGAACCGAAGCUGGUGUGGCCAAAUUGAUGGGCAUUACCAAUGAAGACGCGGUAGACUCCACUUCAUUAGUGGGCAAAGUCAAAUACAAGCAAUUGAGAGAAGAGAGGAUUGCCCAAGCCAAGGAAGGGAAAGAGGAUCGUGGCAAGUUUGGAUCUAGAAAGGGUAAGCGUGAUGCACCUCAUUCCACUACAAAUAAAGAAAAAGCUAGAAAGAAGAAUUUUGUCAUGAUGAUUCAUAAAAAGGCAGUUCAAGGGAAACAAAAGUUAUCUCUUCGUGAUAGACAAAAGGUAUUGAGAGCUCAUAUUGAUAAGCAAAAGAUGAAGAAAAAGUGA